AUGCGCACGAUUCGCGUUGAGAGGGUAGAAAAACAACAGGAAGAGGCAGGUCGUGCGGCACGACAGCUGUGUCGUCUGUGCUGUCCGUCGAAUUCCCGCACAGCACUUGAGCAGCGAGAGAAAAGCAGUCGACAGAGCGUCGAUGCGCAAAAAGAAGCAGCGAGGACGGCGGAGAGAGUCUUCUGGCGGAAUCAACACAAAGACUGA